AUGAAUAACUAGGAUUAAGUAAGAUUUACCUAAUAAGAUUUUAGUCCAUAUUAGUUGAUGAAGAAUUUAAUGAUAAGAAUCUAUUUAGUCACUAUCAAAAAACAAGAAGAACUAAUGCUAAAUUUAAUCCUAACAUUAAUCUUUAGGAUUAUUAAAUUAAUACUAUCAAUAGAUAUCAUAUAGGAUACUUAGACCAUCCUCACAUUAAAUCUAGUAAAAUUAUAAUCUCUAAUUAAUACGAGCCCAAAACAUAACAAUCAAUAAACUACAAUUACAGAAGUAUAACUUAUAGAAACCACUCAGUAAAGAACUCGAGAAACCUAAAGAGCUUCUCAACAGAAAUUCAACAGUCUUAGAUUUAUAAUCCAAAAACAUGUUUUUAUAAAGGCAAUCUGGCAUAGGAAAGCUUAAACCAAUUAUGCAAAAGGAAAUAUUAGUAAAUCCAAUCUCUAAGACUUAAAGAUUGAUAACUAAAAAAACCAAUGAAACCCCUGUUAUUGAAGUAUGCAAUAGCAAUUACACUGAACAAAAACCAGCAUCUUUUCGUUAUAAUGAUAUGCAAUUAAGUCAAUAUUUGGAAGAAUUUAAAUUACUAAAGUAAGAAACACUAACAACAGUAAUUUAACCUCAUGUUUCAUGUAAAAUAAAUAGAAAUACAAACAAUUAUACUUAAACAUCAAACAGAUAAUAAACUACUAAUCAUUAUUAUCAUAGUAUUAUUCCAAAAAGUAAAGUUAAAUAAAGAUUAACUAAUAUUGAAUCUUAAAAAUAGAAUCUAACUCUUAGUGGAUGGAGUGAUUAUUCAAAUAAAUGA